UCCGAGUCGUAAAGUCAGUUGACCAACUCGUGUUGUCCCGGCGGUCGGCCUGGAUUUCUCCUGCCGCUCACAAGUCGCUUUUUCUUCGCGUCGGAUUCGUGUCGUUUUCGCUGAGUGCUUGUUGUGAUUGUGAUACGUCCUUCUACCCGCUCGACGUACGUUGACUCUGUUCCGAAUCUCAAAACAACGGAUCAAAAUUUACGCACUACAAAUUUCCCCACGUUACAGUGCGUUCAAAAUAAACCAGUUCUGUCACGUCAACUUAAAAAAAAAUCACCCCCUGAGUUUCCCAUCUCUGCAAGCACUUAGUUCCAGUAACUCUUCGAUUCGAAGUCUCACCAUCCCAUUUCUCGGACGUUAAUCACAGCUUCAAAGAGUAGUUCCCUCUGAAUUCCAUCGAAGCCAGUUUCAAAAAUUAUUCACAAAAUUCGGAAAUCGUUAUUUCGACGCGCCGCGGUUGUCCAAAUUCAUUCGAGUGAUCGAUAACGUCCCCACGUUGCCAAAUCGGAUGCGAAUUUCCUGAAGUGCGGUUGUGAUGUCGAUCCGCGUGCGGCGGUGAUGUGCCAGUGUUAGUGACGUCCGUGUGAGUGUGUGUGAAUGUGAGCCCCGAUAUUCGUCCCCCGCUCCGAAGCCGCAGCCGCCAAGAUGACGCAGACGAGAACGAUCCUCAUGCAGAUGCCCUCGGCGAUCCCUAUCGACAUCUCCUUCAAAGAGGUCACUUUCACCGUCAAAGAUGGAUUUGGAAAAGAAAAGAAAAGGAUAUUGAAAGGUGUAUCGGGUCGAUUUCAGUCAGGAGAACUCACAGCUAUCAUGGGCCCAUCCGGGGCCGGCAAAUCUUCCCUACUCAACGUUCUUACCGGUUUCAACACAGACGGAAUGAUCGGAUCGAUCUACACAAGCAGUCGAAACGCGGACAAAUGUCAGCGGCUCAACAGGAAAGAGUCGUGCUAUAUCAUGCAGGAUGACAAACUCUGUCCACUUUUCACCGUCUACGAAACCAUGAAAAUGGCCGCCGAUCUCAAACUCGGAACUUCUCUCUCCGAGAAAGCAAAAGUCCUAGUGAUAGAAGACGUUUUAGAAACGAUAGGAUUACAAAUGUGUAGGCACACUAAAUGCGGCAGACUUUCCGGUGGCCAAAAGAAACGUUUAUCUAUAGCUCUGGAGCUCAUCGAUAAUCCCCCUGUCAUGUUCUUAGACGAGCCAACAACGGGUCUGGACAGCAUCAGCGCACACCAGUGCAUCUCGAUGCUGCGCGGCCUGGCACGCGGUGGACGAACGAUCGUGUGCACGAUCCACCAGCCGAGCGCGAGCGUCUACGAGAUGUUCGACCAUGUCUACGUCAUCGCCGACGGCCUUUGCGUCUACCAGGGCUCGGCCAUCAACACCGUGCCCUACCUCAGAAACCUCGGCCUCAGUUGCCCCCAGUACCACAACCCCGCCGACUUCUUGCUAGAAUGUGUGACCGGUGAAUACGGACAGUUCCGAGACGAGUUAGUUCUAGCAGCGAAAGAUAUGUCGUGGAGGUGUUUGCCGCCAGCGGUAGAUAUUAACAGCAAUACGAACGGAACCAAUGGACUCAAAGAAAGUAUGUAUCCAAUACCCAAAAAAUCAAGCAAAACAAUGGUUCUGAUCAAUCCACCCAGCGAGUGGGCCAGGUUUAAUAUUCUUUUCUUCCGAUCCCUACUUCAACUUUAUCGAGAUUGGACCUCGACGCACAUUAAAAUCGUGCUCCAUACGGCGGUCGGCAUUCUCCUCGGAUUGCUGUACACGAAUGCGGGGAUCGACGGGAGUAAAACAAUAAGCAAUGUCGGAUUUUGUAUAGUAUCUCUUGUGUAUUUAUCUUAUACGUCUAUCAUGCCUGCAAUCUUAAAAUUCCCGCAAGAGCUUCAUGUACUGAAGAAAGAGCAAUUUAAUAACUGGUAUCAACUGCGGACGUACUACUUAGCUUUCCUUGCCACGAAUGUUCCUGUCCAGAUGCUAUUCUGUUUCAUUUAUGUGUCGAUAUCUUACUACAUGUCAUCGCAGUUAAUGGUCUGGUCAAGGUUCCUCAUGUAUCUGGCAAUCUGCGAACUAAUUACGCUGCUCUCCGAGGGUUUCGGCCUCAUCCUAGGAACUCUUCUGUCGCCGGUGAACGGGGUGUUCAUCGGCUCGAUUAUGACUUGCGUGGCGAUCCUCUUCGCCGGGUUCCUGGUGCUCUUCUCGCACAUGCCGCGGGUGCUCUACUACGUCUCCUUCGUCUCGUACAUGCGCUACGGGCUGGAAGGCCUCGUCAACUCCGUCUACGGCUUUGGGCGCGGCCCUCUCGAGUGCCCGGAGAUGUACUGCCACUACCGACUCCCCGAGACCGCCUUCGACGAGAUCGGCAUGGUCGACGGACGCUACUGGCCCAACGUCGCCGCCCUCACCCUCUUCCUCCUCAUGGUCACCAUCGCCAGCUUCUUCUCCCUCAAGAAGAGCCUCCGCUCCCACUAGCCGACAGCCGCCCUAUCCCUAAUGCCCCCGUUUAUCACCAGCGCUCACAUUCCAUGGCCCUCAAAAGUUCCGGGAUUCGGAACUGUUUGGUUCCGGUCUCUGUGAAGUUCCGGAAAAUGCAGAGAUCAGAGACAUUUCGGGAAUUUCAGAAAUUCCGGGGAAAAUUCCGGAUUUCGGGACUAGCUCCGGGAAAUGGGGGCACUUUUUGUUAACCGCUUUGGCUCCAGCGAGAAGAAGAGUUCUUUCUUACGCAGAUCGACAAGUUAAAGGUGAAUUUCAGGCCUCCCUCAUGCACUCAUCGUGAUUUUUUAGCCAUUUUCCUCUCAAACGAACUCUUGUUUUCGCUGUAGACUAAAGUGUGCAACAUACUCAUUGAAAAAAGCUCAUAUAUCAAACUACUCUAUGAAUCCGAUCAGGCUUGAGGCAGUCUAACACCCGCUUUCUUGAGAUAAAAACUGGUGUCAGUUUGAUGUCAGUAUAUUAUCAAACUGUCGAACUGGCGUCAGUCUAACAUGAAUACGAUAGCAAUCUGACGUCAGUCUGCCAUUAGUGUGAUAUCAUACUAACGUCAGCACGACAACUUUAUGCUGUCAUUUACCACAUGCGGCAUUGCAAGGGGCAAAAUAUUUCGCUUCAUUUGUGGGUGACCGCAUAGCCAUCAAAAAAAGAAAAACCGACGAAUCUACCGAAAAUCUUAAGGUAUCCUAUGUCAAGUGCAAUGUGUAAAAUAGUAAUUGAUAGGUGUUAGCUUUUUAUGGUGAAUUCUGUUCGUCGUCCAUUCUCUUUUCAUCAAAAUCAGACCAGAGAUCUGUCAUCCAUCAAUUAAGCACGAGUCCGUGCUUCUUGCUUAACCUGUGAAUGAGACUUCUUGAUUUGAGGCUCCCAGUUAAAUAAAUUGUGCGCAGCGUUUGAGUUUUGGCUAAAAUAUUGAAUUUAAUCAGCCAACCAACCAUUAUAUAGGUAACCGUAACUUUUUGCUGAUUCGUUUGAAUAAGAUUACGGGUUUCAGGAAUGCUUCUUAAAAUGUUUUCAGUCUACAUUCCGAUUGAAACAUUUCGAUCAUCACAAACGCUGCAGAAUUGGGAACGCUUCUAUGAGAGCACUUAAUUUAAGCUUUCAAUAUUCCCCCAAGUUGUUUCAAUAAUUUUAGAUGUUAUGUCUCUAACGAUCUCUAGAUUUCGUAGAUAAAUUUUUCUUACCUACCAAUUUGAAUGCAUCCUCCCAAAUUGAUGAUUCAGUGAAGAGGAAAAAAUUAAGGAAUGCUUUCAUGUCACAAUUUGAAGGGCAAGAUAGGCCAUGCAUCUCUUUCAAAUCGUAUUUUGUUGUGUUUUAUGCUCUACUUAAAUUUUCAUGAGUAUAGGUUUAUUAACUUCGAAAUGCAGUCUUGAAAUGCAUUUUAUCAUGAAAAUUUCUGGGAAAUAAUGCCCUUCAAUUCUGAAAUGUUAGGUAUUUCAUUGUAUCAUACUUACUUUGUCCGGACGAUAGCUCAGAAAAUAUUUCAACUGCAAAAAAUACGGUUCUUUCUGUAGCGAUCUUGACACUCCAGCGUCCUGUAUCUAUGAUUAUACCAAAUUGAAAUAUUUUGUAUAGAGAUAUUGAAAAAUAACUGCGUUUAUUUUCCUAUUCAUUCACGACUCUCAAGAUUAUAACCAUAUUUAUUGAUUGCCUUCUUAGAGAGAUAGUGAAAAAAGAUAAAUUCAGAUAAACUGUCAUCCCUUUGCUUCAACAUCGUAAGUUUAAGGUAGAAUUAAAUAGGUUUUCAAACAUAUCAUCCUGACUCGAAAUGAAACUGAGUGAAUGUUAAAAAGUUUGUACAGAUGUAGAUGUAAGAUUUGACUCAUUUAUAGUUACCUACCUGCUAAAGUUACUAAGCUCAUAAGACUCUGCCUUUUUUCCUGCCCCCAGUAUUACCUGCAGUGUCAAAGGAUUCUUGCCAUUCUGAAAUCAUCUGCUAUAAUAAUUAGUGUAGGUAAUAAUGUACAGUUUUUCUGUUGAAACCUUGCUUAGGAGUAGAUAUGAUUCCAUUUAACAGAUGUACUUUGCGCAUGUCGCGCACAUUCGGUUGGAUGCGCGCAUUAAAAUGUGCGCAUCCAACCGAACCUAUACUUCUAUCUUUUUAUAUUUAUUUAAUCCCCCCCUUUCCCCCUUAAAAUCAACUUUUAUACAUUGUUUUGAGGUUCAGCGCUAUAAGACGACAAACUAUCGCGGGAACCUCACCCAAAACUACUUAUAAGCUAGGUUUCAUGAUUUGCAUUUCUAUUUUUGUACAAAAGUAUCUGCACCUGCGUGUCAAAGAAAGGAGAGAAACCUUUUUCUAUUUAAUAUUUGUAAAUAAAAUAUUCUUCCUUGUUUUUUA